CGAAUCUUCCGCCUUGUUUGACAGGUGUCACGGUCGCGAUCCGUUAGUAGGUAGGAUUUUUUUCACCUUGGAGCUGCGAACGGUUUUGUUUUGUUUUCGGCCAAUGUGGGUGUUCGGUUGGAUCCGUUGAAAGUUCGUUGCGUUUUUGUUUUGGACACGAGUCUCCUGUAAAGAAGAAGAAGGUACAAAGACAGAAAUAAAGAAGAGGAAGGACCAGAAGGAAGAGAGGACGAUGGUAAAUUAGCAGUGCGAUCUUCAUGCUCUUCGUGUGAUCUUCUCUCCUCUGACUUGUCGAUCCAAAGAACUUGUUGGUUGUCUGUCACCAUGACGUCCAGAGGAAAGUCAGGAAGUGGCAACAAGAACGACGACCAUUCGGUUGAGACGCUCGCCGAGGUCUUUCGAUGCUUCAUCUGUAUGGAAAAAUUGCGCGACGCGCACCUGUGUCCUCACUGCUCGAAACUAUGCUGUUACGUCUGCAUCCGACGUUGGUUGACAGAGCAGCGAUCGCAGUGUCCGCAUUGCCGGGCAUCCCUGCAUCUUCACGAGCUGGUGAACUGCCGGUGGGUGGAGGAAGUGACCCAACAGUUGGAUUGUUUGCAGGCCGUUUCUCUGACUUCUACAAGAGCCGAGGAUGGCGACCGUGACAAGUGUAUGACGCAUUUCGAAAAAUUAUCCGUUUAUUGCUGGACGUGCCGUUGUUGCAUCUGCCACCAAUGCGCGCUUUGGGGCGGAACCCAUUCCGGACACACCUUCAAACCUCUUGAAGAGGUUUACGAACAGCACAUCACACAAAUUAAAGACGAAGUCGCGCAAUUAAGACGUCGCCUCAUGGAAUUGAUCAGCAUCGUACAAGAAGUGGAAAGGAACGUGGAAUCUGUUAGAUUGGCAAAGGACGAAAGGGUAAGGGAGAUUCGGAAUGCCGUUGAGCUUAUGAUAGCUAGAUUGGAUUCUCAGUUGAAGACGAAGUUGUUGACGCUCAUGGGUCAAAAGGAUUCGUUAACUCAGGAAACUGAACAACUUGAACAUUUGCUCCAUGAAAUUGAGCAUCAAUUGCAUACUUGCAGCAGAUCUGAGCUAAUCACCAAAAGUGGGGAUUUAUCGCGGAUGAUCCAUGCCAUCCGCAAGAAGCCAAUGACUAGUUUUGUAACUGCGCCAGUUCCAGCAGAUUUCCAUAGUGAGAUUGUACCAAGCUACGAUAGCAGUACGUUCUUAAUGCACGGCUUCUCGCAACUUCAAAGGAAAGCCGAUCCCGUUUAUUCUACGCCGCUGCAUUGUAACGGUUUAUGCUGGAGAUUGAAGGUUUACCCCGAUGGUAACGGUGUUGUUAGAGGCAAUUACCUCUCAGUGUUCCUAGAGUUAAGCGCAGGAUACCCAGAGACUUCCAAAUACGAAUAUCGCGUGGAAAUGGUGCACCAAGCAAGCAGAGAUUCUUCAAAGAAUAUCGUCCGCGAAUUUGCUUCCGACUUUGAAGUGGGCGAGUGUUGGGGUUACAACAGGUUUUUCCGUUUAGAUCUGUUGGCCAGUGAAGGAUACUUGAACGUGCCUUUGGAUACGCUAGUGCUAAGGUUCCAAGUGCGAGCACCUACCUUCUACCAAAGAUGCAGAGACCAGCAAUGGUACAUUAAUCAAUUGCAAACUGUGCAGAACCAGUACAUAUCUCAAAUUAACGAGUCUAAAGAAAGAUUGGCAGCUGAAAUUUCGAGGAAUGCUGUGGCUGCAGCUAAUUUGGUUAGUAAUCCUCAAGAUGUUGCGGAAUCGGGAAAUGUACAGCAGCCGUUUGCUGCUGGAAGCAAUAUGGAAACAAACGUUGCAUCGACAAACACUCAGCAAGUGGCCACAAAGAACAAUUCGACCACUGCUGGAUGUUCUAUGGUCCUUAUACCACCAAAAGGAAACCGUGCUUCUAAUACUGAGAUUGGCCAUUGCAACGCGACUGCCCUAGAGGGUAGUAACACGAGUAUAUUGUCUUCGUCUUCUACGCAAACUCAAAUUUUGAAUAAAACUUCUGUGAAUAACGAAGAGGAGGAAGUUGCCGAGAGUAGUAGUAUGUCCACGCCGAGACAGUUGCUCGGACUCGGUGUAUCUUUGAGUUCUCCAAAUUUACUGAAUCCCACUGCAAAUUUGACAAUUAGUUCUAAUAGCAGUGAAUCUGACGAUCUCAGUGAGACUGAAAUGGAUAUUAUCUUUGAGGAUAAUAUGAACGACGAAAACGACGUCGAUAAUGAAACUAUGUCUGGUGAGAACGAUGUGGAAUAUGCGGAGCUCUCGAUGGCACAAGGAAUACCUUUGCGUCAUAGUUCACCAAAGAAAAACAAUGUUCUAUCACAUACGAACAAAGUGAAGCGUUUCCCGGAUUUGGAUACUUCAUUCCUGGCAAGUCCGGAGCCUCAAACAUUCUAUCUAUUUGCAGAUAGAAACAAUUUGAACGGUUCUCCAACACUUCUACAACUCUUGGAAUUAAACGCAUCACCGGAAUACAAUUUGAACAACUUCAAUGUAUCGGAUUCGCCGAUUUCCGAAAACUCUGAGGUGGCAAAGAUUAGAAGGCAUUCGAGGCAAAAACCAAAUACACAUAAUAUGGAUUCCUGGACAGAGACUGUCCCAAUUAACCAAUUUUGUAAGGAAUCCGGCAUCGGUCCUUUGGAAUCGAUAUUCCGAUCGAUCCAAUAUCCCGAGCUCGAGCAACAGAGGAAGGUAUCGAGGGAUAAGAAAAGAACUAAUCAAAAUGCAGCUUCAACGAGUGGGGGUCGGACGAUAUUCGCGACCGCCCGUCCUACCAUGAGCGCUUCGCCACCCAUCGACGUAUCUAUGGCAGGAUUGAUGGAAGUAUUUCCAUCGACGUCUUCUGCCUUCAGUUGGACGCCGUCUUUGCUCACCCAGAGGAAACCGACGAAACUAACGAAACCGCUGCAAUCGCUCAAUGAUCUCAAUAAGCCAGUAAGAGAGCCCAAGAAAAAGUAAGCUCAUGCAACAGUUUUGCAUCUGCAAUACACAACUAAAUCCAGAUCCGUUUAGGAUAGAAAAACGAUCCCAUUCUGUUGUUUGAGCGAUUGCACAGGGAAAUUAUGCUCAGUAUUAAUUAACGAACGGUUAGUUUUUUUAAAUUUUGCCUUUGCGCUGCGCUUCGUAACGUUCAACUAUGUGAUUACUGUUUCAUAAUUAGUAGGAAAAGUUCGUGUUUAUACUUGUUAUGACACACAUGUUUUUCAUUCAUGAUUUUCAGUUAGUUUAGUUUAUUUAUAUUAUUAUUUGUUACAUUUUGCGUAAACAGCACGGACGAUGGAUGUUGUGCCUUAAUUUAUGAAGUUGCAUUUUAGGUUUAGGUACCAGGAGAUUUUUUUUGUUGACAAUUUUCAAUCUCUUCGUGUUGUUUACAUAUAUUUGCUUUUUUUUAUUAUACUU